AUGAGGUAUAGUUACCACCUACAUCAUGUCAACCUGCAUCAGCUAAACCACUAUCUACAUCACCAACAACUGCUACCUCAGACACUGAAACUGGCAACAUCAACAAUAACAACCCCAACCACCAUUCCUAAAUUUUACAACAAAAAACUUAGGGCUUUGCUCCCAUUUCUACUAUUGCUCCUUUGCUUAUACAAAACUGCCACUGUUUUUUUUAAAACGGAGAUCAAUCAAGCAGAGCUCGAGGCACACGCAUUAGCUUACCACAAAAGCACCGAAUUUAACCCCAAAAAUAUUGCAUUAGACUUGUACAAUUAUGUCAUUGAACAACAGCACUCAUUAGAAUCUAAAGUCGGUGAUUCACGAGGCAUUUAUUUCCACUGGGAUGAUUGGGUCGACUUAUCAGCAUCGAAUCAUUUAUUAAACAGAGCAAAACUAGCUUCACCUUCGGGUACUUACUGCGAGCUUUCUUUGGUCAAAUUUGGAUCAGUCAGUGGUCACAAGUUGGAAAGUUAUGAAACAAAAGUACAACGUGGUGCCGUCAAUCUUUACUGCUCCCAUCCUUUGCCUCAACGUGUCGUGAUUGCCACUGACGAAUCGUUGAUUGAAGUGCCAGUAAUUGGUAAAAAAAGAUUCGGUAAUCAUAAAACUGUACCAGUAAAAUCAGAUCAAUUGGUGAACAAAAUGAAGCAGUUGCAUCAAGCAAGUGCAAAUUUCACCAGAAAGCCCAUUAUUGAUUUACAAAAACAAGUUGCUAUUGAGCCAGAUGAUUUUAUAUUCAAGCCCGAUGUGGAAAUAUUUGGUCUACAGGAGAAGCUCAAUAAUCAAACCAUCACAUCGGAGGAAAUGAAGUAUCUUGAAUUUCUUGAAUAUUCAAAUAACCAUCUAGUUGACCAUACUGAUCGGUAUUUCAAGUAUCCAUGGAUUUAUACUGACAUGUUGCAAGGGAAAUCACAUCAUAUUGCUUACCCAUUCUUCAAGAGGUACAUUAGUGAUCGUGAACGUCAAAGUGUCAUGCACCAUAUAAUACGUGCUUGGUUUCAAUUUGCCGAGGUUAACGGAUUUGCUAGCUGGAUCAACCAUGGGUCAUUGUUAGGCUGGGCAUUUAAUGGAUUAAACAUGCCAUGGGAUACCGAUAUUGAUGUGCAAAUGCCAAUUGCUCAGUUAGAUAGAUUGGCCCGUAAUUACAACCGCACAUUGGUUAUGGAAAACCCACGUUAUGGUAAUGGUCGUUAUUGGUUGGAAGUGGCUCCAACAUACAUUCGCCAAGGUAAUGGUCGCAGCUUUAUUGAUGCAAGGUUUGUUGAUAUACAAAGUGGGUUGUACAUUGAUAUAUCAGCAUUGUCACAUACAGAGGUACCACCACCGACUGAUAAGAAUGGUAAAUUGGUUGACAAUUUAAGUACCAUGUCGGUUCAUUGUAAGAACUGGAACUGGCAUUCCUUGGAUGAAUUAUUGCCAAUAAGACACACUUAUUUCGAAGGAGCUUCGGUAUACAUUCCUAAAAAAGUUAAGGAGCCAUUAAAACACAAAUAUGGUGCCAAAGCACUCACAAACUACCAUUUCCACAACCACAACUACCAAUCAGAUAUAAGUCUUUGGGUUAAUGAUCAAGUAUGUGCUAAUCCACCAUUUAGCAAAACUAAAUCACGUUUCAACAAGUACCAACAAUUGACUAAAAAAGGAGCAUGUAAUUCAAAAGUUUUACAAGAUGAAUACAACAUUGUUAAAGAAUGUACCCAACGCCAUCAUGAGCUUAAUCAAGAUUUGGACCAGCCAAAGUUUUAUGAUAUCGCAACUAUGGGGGAUUUGCCGAUUUUCAGGAAAGAUGCAUGGGAUUAUUAUUAUGAAAUUAAUCACCAUUUGGCUAACAAUGAUAAUUGGUAUAUACGUAAGGAAAUAAUAAAACCUGGGGUGUAA